UAAGACAACACAAACACAGUGAAGUGAAGUGUUCACAAAAAGCAAUGAAGAUUAUAGGAAUGGGUUUUCGUCCCUCAGAUGAAGAACUUGUCGACUUUUACCUCAAACACAAGUUGCUCGAUGAUGAUCCCCGUGUCCAUGUCUUGACUGACAUAGAUCUUUCCGAUGUGGAGCCUUGGGAAAUACCAGAGAUGUUAGCAAAAUCAGUAAUACCAUUCAAAGACUCAAAAUGGUUUUUCUUCAGUCCUGUUAAUUUGAAGUACUCAAAUAGUAAAAGGUUUAAAAGGACAACCAAGAGUGGGUUCUGGAAACCAACGGGAAAACCCCGUGAUGUUAGAACAGGGGACACCAACACUGUCAUUGGGACUAAGAAGACUCUUGUUUUCCAGAGUGGUCAUGUUUCCAAAGGUGUCUCUGUCAAUUCCAACUGGGUUAUUCACGAAUAUCAUGCUCUUAACUUUCUCCAGAACCAGAAUGCUUUUGUGUUAUGCUGCUUGAUAAAGAAACAUGGGAAAACGACCGAAGGAGGAACUGCUGCACUGAUCUGUGAUGAAGAGGAAUCCAGUAGCAGCUUGGUUUCCGACUAUGAAAAUCAGGCAAUAGCAGAAGGAGUUCCAUCUGGAGAUACUUUUACCGGAAUGGAAACAAUCUGUCAGGCAACACAUCAGGAGGGAAAUUGCAUCUCCCCAAUGGAACAGUCACUAAUUGAAAUUGAGAAGGAUGACAAUGCCUAUUUUAGAAAUGAAAAGAAUAUUAGGCAGAUCCCUGGGGAAGCUAUGCAGAAUCCUUGUGAAACUAUGCAGACUGUUUGUGAAACUAUGCAGACUCAUGGUGAAACUAUACAGAUUCCUUGUGAAACUAUGCAGAUUCCUUGUGAAACUAUGCAGAUUCCUUGUGAAACUAUGCAGAUUCCUUGUGAAACUAUGCAGAUUCCUUGUGAAACUAUGCAGACUCCUUGUGAAACUGUGCAGACUCCUUGUGAAACUAUGCAAGUUUCUUGGAAAACUAUGCAGAUUCCUUUUGAAACUAUAGAAGCACCUUUUGAAACUAUGCAAACCCCAUUAGAUCCUAAGCAAUUUCCUUUUGAAAAUACACAGAUUCUACUUGAACUUUGGAAUUCAUUAUUAGCUGAUGAAAGUUUAGUCACUCAAUCAAAGUCAUUGAAAAGGCCAUAUUGCGAAAGCUCUUAUAUAGAUGCAGAAGUCGUGCCUGAACGGGACGGUAGUAUUGAUGAUAGUUCAACUAUGUGUACUGAAUAUCUUAAUUUAGAUGAAUACCAUUCAUCAAAAAGGUUUAAAACAUCAUAUGAUGUUGUAGAUGGUGACACAGGUCUUCAAUUUUCCAACCAAGAAGCAAGUCAGAAACAAGAAAGUAUAUUUCAAGACGAUUUAUGGGGAGUGGAGACAUCCUCAUGUGACUCUAUAAUAUAUAAUCCCGUGGAGUUCAAUUGGAAUGAAAUAUCUAGUUUUCCUUGCUCUAAAAUAGCCAAUUUAUUAGAAACUGCAUAAUGACAAUUAUGCAUUAUAAAUCAAAAGUAUGUAUAAUAGGAAAUGUAUUAGAAAGUAUUAUAAACGAUGAAGUCGUGUGUAUUUUAAGAUAGUAGAUUGUGUACUAGGAUGUUUGUAUGGUUAUUUGUAGUUUCUGGACAGAGUACUUUUUUGUAGUGAACUUUUGUCUCUAGGAUACCAAGUGUAUUGCUGAAUCAGUUUAUUUUCUUUGAUUUUAGUAUUUAAUAAUAUAUUUUAUCAGCUUUUGGAAUGCAUGGACAA